AUGAGUAAACGACAUAACAAGACCGAUUCAGUCAAUUUAGGAGAUCCAUUACCAUUGACAUAUUUACCAACGAGACGACAGUCACCAUCACCAUCAUAUCAUCGACAACACCAACAACAACUGCGACAACCAUCGGGCUCUUUACAACAAUCCACAUCAAUUGAACCUUUGCCUCCGCCAACAACUAAACCAACAACAUCUUCAUUGUUGUCGCGACUAGCGAACAAUCCAGCACCACAACCACUACCACAUGUGAGGAUACCGAGAACUUCUACUACUAAAGAUCGAAUAAAGAACAAAUUACGACAAUUAAUUCAUGAACUCAAUGAGUUAGAAACAUAUGAAGAAGAACAAUUAAUAAUAAUGGAACAACAAUUAAAUGAUAUUUCUGAUCAUUUAAUUCGAAUCAAUACUACUGAAAGUAUAACUAAUAUGCAUGAACAAGAAAUUGAUAAUGAACAAGAAGAACAAGAAGAAGAAGAGUUAUUGAAUUAUGUGAAAACGAAUAUACUGCGAUUACGAUCACAAAAUGAGAAUCAACAACAAGGCAUAUACAAACUUCUCUGUACAUUCUGUCGUCAACAAAAAUAUUUGAUAUUGGGGAUAAGUAUA